UUCGGUGUUUACGCGUCCCGUGGCAGCGCGACUGCAGUGAUCGCUCGCAGAAGUGAGGUCUGUCCGCCACUUACAAAACUACAAUGGCAACGGGAGACAGCUCAGUGUUCCUGCUGAUGCUCGCCGGACAGAUAGAAGGCGCCGAAUUUCCCGAGUUUGACGAGAUCUUCUGCAAGUACUCGUUCGUCUACGGGCAGGACUGGGUGAUCACGUCGGGCCUCGAGGAGGGCAUCACGCAGAUCGCGCGGCGCGGCGCGGCGGCCGAGCGCGGCGGCUUCACGUGGAACUUUCCGCUCGACGUGACGUGGAAGAGCACGAACCCGCACGGGUGGCCGCAGCUCGUCCUCAGCGCGUACGGACGCGACGCGCUCGGCCGAGACGUCGCGCGCGGCUACGGCGUCUGCCACGUGCCGCCGGCGCCGGGGCGCCACCGCCGCCGCGUCGCCAUGUUCGUGCCCGAGUCGACGUCGAAGCUGCAGAAGCUGACGAGCUGGCUGCUCGGCCGGCGGCCGGAGUACGUCGAUCCGUGCGUCGUUGCGCACGGCGAGGGUCGCGAGGUCACGCGCGUCCGCUCGCAGGGCCACGUCGCCGUUGCGUUCGACAUCGUCGCCAAGGACCUGAAGAAACUCGGGUACGACACGAGCGCGCAGGGACUCGCGCUGCCGAGCGAGACGGUCACCGUCGCUGCGUCAACCUAGGGGGCGCCACGAGCGCAGGGACUCGCGCUGGCGAGUGAGACCGUCAC